AUGAAGCGACCCAUGUCAACGAAUCUAUGGUGUUUGGCGUUUCUGUCACAGAUUAGCAACUUUUGGGGAACAUGUACAGUGGAAGCACAACAACAUUUAUUAAUAGACGACCAUCGAGGCUUGAACCCUCACGAGAAGUGGGAAACAGAGUCAAGUAUCGGGAGAUUCCGUCCGACCAUAAUCAAAACACACGUUGUCACCAAGAAUACACUUUCGGGAUCUACCUCUCCGACAUUGUUUCCUGUCACAGUAACGACUCAGCCGGCGAACGAUGUUGAAAUAGCUUACUCCCCGUUAUCAUUCACUCCACCUAUAAGCAUCUCUCCGACGGCAACUCAAACAAUAUCACUCACUUCCAUCCAAUUCGUUCCUCAGAUCUCCAUUAACUACCCUCCUUCAACCCUCGUCACCAAUCCCCAUUUCAAACGCACCGUCUCUCUUACCCCCGUCAGCACGACUUUACCUGCGAUUUCUAUCCUCGGAACCACCGUUCCAGCUGGCGCAACUAUAGCCAUUACAGACUCAACUCUGACCACUACCUUCACCUUACCGUCUAUUGUCUCUGUCGGCCUAUCUACCGGUAUCGUCGUGAACGGCGGGACCUUGAUUGAAGGCGAUGAAACUACGGUGUCGGGAACGACGUAUAGUCUGCCUACUGGAGGGAAAAGUCCUGUUUUGGUGCCCACUGUGAGUACGACGGUGGAUGCUCACGGUGCAACGGGCACGGUAGGACAGUUUGGAAGCGGAGGAAUGAGGGACAGCCGAGUGGGCUGGGUGACUUGGAUGGCUAUUGCGUCGAUUUGUUUUGUUCUAGGUGUUGUCUGA